CAGUCGUUACUUCCGCUCUUCAAGAUAGCUGCAGGGGUCUCCCCCAUUUUUCUCAGUAGGCGGCGGCGGCGGUUUGAGAUGUUCGGCCUCAAGAGAAACGCAGUGAUCGGACUCAACCUCUACUGUGGGGGGGCCGGAUUGGGACCGGAUAGCGGCAGCGGCGCCUCCGCUCCGGGAAGGCGGCUUUUGGCUGCAGGAAAGGAGGCCACGGCCGGGCGAGAGGUAGGGGGAGGGGAAGCCGGCGAGGUGAUUGGCGGAAGCGCUGGCCCGAGCCCCCCGGCCACUCUCGCGCCCGACGCCCGGAGGGUCGCGCGGCCCUCGCCCAUUGGCGCCGAGGGCCCCGACGUCACCGCGACCCGCGCCAGGCUGCUGUUCUUCGCGCCCACCCGCCGCGCCUCGCCGCCCGAAGAGAUGGAAUCCUCGGUCUCCGACGCCAUCAUGUCGCCCGAAGAGGAGCUGGACGGGUGCGAGCCGGAGCCUCUAGGGAAGCGGCCGUCCGUCCUGCCUUUGCUGGAAUUGGUCGGCGAGGCCAGUAACAGCCCGGGCAAGGACGGCUCACUCCCCUCGACGCCGCCCCCAGCAGAGGAGGAGGAGGACGAGUUGUACCGGCAGUCCCUGGAGAUUAUCUCUCGAUACCUGCGGGAGCAGGCAACCGGCACCAAGGACGCGAAGCCACUGGGCGGGUCUGGGGCCGCCAGCCGGAAAGCGUUAGAGACCCUGCGACGGGUCGGGGACGGUGUGCAACGGAACCACGAGACGGCCUUCCAAGGCAUGCUUCGGAAACUGGACAUCAAAAACGAAGACGAUGUCAAAUCUUUGUCUCGAGUGAUGGUCCAUGUUUUCAGUGACGGAGUAACAAACUGGGGCAGGAUUGUGACUCUCAUUUCUUUUGGUGCCUUUGUGGCCAAACACUUGAAGAGUAUAAACCAAGAAAGCUGCAUCGAACCAUUAGCAGAAAGCAUCACAGAUGUUCUCGUAAGGACAAAACGAGACUGGCUAGUCAAACAAAGAGGCUGGGAUGGGUUUGUGGACUUCUUCCAUGUAGACGACCUAGAAGGCGGCAUCAGAAAUGUGCUGCUGGCUUUUGCAGGUGUUGCCGGAGUAGGAGCUGGUUUGGCGUAUCUAAUAAGAUAGCCUUUUAAGUGCAAUAAUUGACUCUUAACCAACUCCAGCCACCAAAACCACAUACGCUUGCUGUGAAAUCAGAUGUAUUUAUGAAGUUGGACUUCAAGCUGUGCAGGCCAUAACCUCCAGGAGUUCUACUCCAGCAACGGAGAAAAGCAAGCGGCAGGAGGCUUAUGGCUAACAGGAAUAAAUACAUGGGAAAAGUAGUCCCUCUUGAAGAGUCACUGUCUGAAAGAAGCAGAAUUCUGUUUCAGCAACAGGCAAACUUUGGGAGGCCACGGAGGAGGACUUUUAGAUUUAGUGAAGACGGUAGGGUGGAGAGACUUUAAUUACCUUGCCUAGAACAGGAAAGUGGCCAGUAGCCAGGCUAGUCAUAGAGUUCAUUAAAUAUGCCCACUGAAUCCAUUAACUUCUAUAGUGUUAAAAUAGAAGCACUAACAAUGCCAGCGUCAUGUGUAAAAUGGAUUUUAAGCUACAAGUAAUAGAACCUAUGACUAGAAGCCUCAACACUGUACAACAGAGUGUGAAGGGAAGCUUUAUCCUCUAUAAUUAGCUUUCCUAGAUGUGCUUCUUGAAUAGAAAGUCCAAUGCUCAGGAUGUUUAUACCUGUUCUACUUUGGCUUGGUUUGAGUGAUUCCUAGUUUAUUAGCCUAGUGUCAUGGCCAAGAAUACUUGACUUAAGGCUCAAUUACAAAUCUGGAAUAUUCUGUUUUUAAGACAAAAACUUGUAAUCGUCUGUAAAAAUUGUAUAUAUUUUUACAGAACAUCUGUUUGAAAUGUAAAGGGAGAAAAGUCUGAAAUUACAUUAGUUUUUUCAUACCCUUUUGAAAUUUACAACUUCUGUAGUUAGGAACCUGUUUCUUAUAGCUUUUUCUAUUCUAAAUUUUGUGCUAGUCAGUUCUAGAUUGUAUACAGAACCAACUGAUGUAAUUGUAUGCAACCUGGUUGUAGUACAACAAUUCUGAUUCAUAACUAUGCAGGCUUUAAUUUUCCUAUCUGAUUUUGGUAAGUAUUUCUUCAAUACCUGUUUGGGGGUUUUUUUGUUUUUUUUUUUAACCUGGGGCUGAGAAAUUGAGGAAUGGAAAUUAAUCCUUUCACUUUGUUACAUGUGGGUUUUCAAUAAUUGAGUCAAGGUUUUAAGGAUUUAUUGGGGGGGCGGGGCACACAGGCUGAUGACUUGGAAAUAAUGGGCUCUGAUUGGGCAACUACUCAUUUGAGUUCCUUCCAUUUGUCUUAAUUGGUGAAAUUUUAACUGAGUUCAUGAGCUCAUCUUCAAAGCUUUUGCUGAAAGAUUUUCAGCUGUUCCAAAUGGGACUUAUUAGGAGUAUGUAUAAAAAGAGCACAUUGGGUGGAUGAGAGACAUUUGAUCCCUUGUUAAUAAAUUGUACAAUGAUGGCUUGGAAAAGCAGGCUAUAGUCUAACCAUGGUGCUAUUACUAGGCUUGCUUGUUAAACACAGGUCUAAGCCUAGUGAGUUAAUAAAACGAAUACUUAUUUCAUUUCUAUUAAUGAUUCUCAAACUUUGUUUCAGAUUUUUGCAUUGGCAUUUUGCUAUGGACUUCAGACUUGAUGUUUUAUCAAACUUACUGUUUAUUUCCUAUCCUUCCUUGAAAUAUUUGCUGCUUGUUCGGCUCCCUCUACAGAUAUUUAUAGUUCCUACAAAUUUACCUUGCCAUCCCUGAACUCUUACUAGCCCUUUUAGUUUUUGGCACUAGGAGCCUAAGUGACCGCCCAAGGAGUCCACAGACCUUCAUCCUUCUUGAAUUUUAUCCUUAGGAGGUGGCAGUACAAUGGGUGCUGACAGUAACAGUGACGAGGUGAGAAGAGUCCCUUUUCCUUGGACUAGUAUCUUAUUGGUUGUUGCUUAAUCCUGUCUUUGGGGAGAAAUUUUCAAAAUCCCCUUAGGGAUUUUCAGAGGAAGGGAUAUCUUAGGUGACUUUCUCUAGCUUCUUUUGCAUUUGAAUAUGCUCACUUAAAAUUAUAGAAAUUGAUGGGCUCUGUUAAACCUCAGAGUUAUAUAAAAGCUACUAGUAAACUGGAGAAAACUUUUAUAGUGGAACCAGGGUCAUUUUGAAACCUUUAGCUUCUGAAUGUGACCUUUAGUAUGUGGACUCCAGACAAAAAUAGGCAUGAAUAAAAUGACUAAGAAUGUAAUUAGGGAACAAUUGCCCUGCCCGCCCAUCUCCAAGCCUUAAGGUCAUCUAGCUAGAGCUAUUUUUAUCUGUGUAUUUAUCAUUCUUGAUCAUAAACCACUUAUUUAUAUCAUGUCUAUCUCUAAGGAUCUAAAAGCACUUUAUAUAGUUAAUUAAUCUUAAGAUCUAGUUAAGGUGACUAAAAAGGCCUGUCUCCCCAUAGCCAGUUAUGGAAAUAAGCACAGAGCUGUAGCUUGAUGGAGUUUAGGGGCCCCACUUCCCAAUUUACUAGGUGUGACUGCUGAAAUGUAGAUGAGAAUCUUCAGUUGCUAUUUUGGGUCAGAGACUGUGAGGGCUUAGGGAGCCCAAGUGCUUCGGGGCAGGGUGGGUGAUUCUGUAGGGAGAAGAGGCACAUGUUUUAAGUGCUGACUAGCUGCAUAGUUCAGGCAAAUCUUCCAAAAUAGAAAGAGAGGGGCUGCCUGGAAAGAUGGCUCUCUCAGCAACUUCUGUCUGUCUGAUGCUUCUCUCAGGGAAAACCCUGCAGUCCUCUAGUGUCGUCUAUGUACAUUCUGUUGGGGUGAACACCUUGGUUCUGGUUAAAACAGCUAAUGCUGUUGACAUCUGUGCCAGGAAGGGUUAGGACCAACUACAAACUAAUGUGGGCUGUAAAAUGUAGUGUGUUUCCCUAACUUCCUGUUUUUCCUGAGACGAAAAUAAUAAAUCUUUUAUUCAAAUGCAAGGUGUGGUACGGGUGUUUUCUAAUCCAUGCCUGUUUUCCUUCCCCCUCUUAGGCAAGCAUCUGAGGGAAGUUAGCUGAACAAACAGGUAUAGGUGAAUUAACCAGCAAAAGCCCCAUAAAACUGAUUUGCCUUAGAGCAAAGGUCAGUUCCAUUCAGAAUAACCCCUUCUUUCAUUCAAAUUAGAGCUGUUGGGCUUUUUUUAAAAUAUUUUUUUGGCCACGCCGCAUGGCAUGUGGGAUCUUAGUUCCCUGACCAGGAAUCAAACCUGCACCCCCUGCAUUGGAAGCGCAGUCUUCACCACUGGACCAGCAGGGAAGUCCCGGGCUUUUAAUUACAUGUAUUACUGUUGUACUUUGGAGUAGUUCAAAAGUACAGCAGUAUAUUUUAAUACAAAAAUCAUAAUCCCCAUCCCCAUUUCUUUUAGUCACCAAAUGUUGGUAUAACUUGGGGGUAAGAGGGUUCACUACAACAGUUAUUGUAUCUCCCUAUCUCACUCAACCUUUUGAGGUGAGUAAAGGAGCUAGAAGAAUUAACACCCAAAGUUAAGUUUCCAUAAGGUUGUUGGUACUAAUCUUUAAGUGCCUUUCCCCUUUCCUCCCAAAAAGGAGGUGAGAAUAAGCAAGUCAAUUUCAGAAGCCCUAUCCUGUCUUUAUUUUCAGCUACCUUGAAAGGGAGGGGAA